AUGUUCAGGUCUGGCUCUCCGCUGACGCUCGACCUCAAGCACAAGACGGCGUCCCGGUCGGCGUCGCCGACCGGACCGUCGCUGGGGAGACACAGCGGCACGCCGGCGUACCAGGACGUGCGGCUGCACUCCACACACAAGAACGUGAUCCUCGUGAAGGGCUCGCCAAACGAGUCCGAUCCGGUCGCCAUCUCCGGGCAGGUUGUGUUCAGCUUGCUUGCAACAACGUGCGUCUCGUCCAUCUCGCUCAACCUCCGCGGCACCUACAACGUCCACUUUGUGGAGAACUUCCAGGCCAGCAACGGCAAGGUCAUCGCCACCUGCCCCUUUCUCGACAGCGUGGACGUGCUCAACUGCACGUGGGACAACCUGCUCACGUCCUCGCAGGGACGGGUCGUCAACUCGAGGGCAGUUCCGGCCACGCCCGCCGUGUCUGCGUCGAAGACGUCGUCGUCCUCGGCCACCCCCACAUCCUCCAAGGGCCUCUCCAUCUUGCCCCGCAACUUCCGCAGCAGCCAGCUUCUCCACAACUUCAGCAGCUGCAGAACCAUCCGCUACAACACAGACAUCCGGCUCGGCACCACCCCUUUCGCCGGCGUCGACACCGAGAACACCGUUUUCGAGCUCCCGCCAGGGAACUACUCCUUCCCCUUCCACAUCACUCUUCCUGGCUCCAUUCCGGAGACCGUCGAGUCCAUGAAGAGCGUCAGCAUCGUGUACCGCUUUGAGAGCAAGAUUAACGCGCUGGACCCGGCGAAGACGGCAGGCAGCAGCGACGAUGGUACCACGUUCACUGCCCACAAGUAUGUGCGGGUUAUCCGAACACUUUCCUCCUUACAGCUAGCACUGAACGAAGACUUCUUGGCUGAAAAUUCCUGGGCAUGCAAGCUCCAGUACAAAAUCAGGAUUCCAAGGAAACUUGUCCCCGUCGGCUCGAUGCUGAAGAUCUAUCUGUUGAUCAUUCCCAUCAUGAAGCAGUUGAAGCUAGGCAAGAUUACCGUCCAGAUUGCGCAGUACCUGAAGUUUCACUCAUCCAAGCCGAACGAGUUUGGCGAAAAAACCUUUACAGACGAGAAAAUUGUGUACCAAAAGUCCCUACCAGUUGUGCCCCACUCCCAUUUGCCGCAGGAUGUGUGGGCCUUGGAGGCCCGCUUGCCCACGUCAGACAUGUUGAAAAACUGCUCCCCAGAUGUGGAAACAGCCUCCCAUUUGAUAUCGGUGAAACACAAGCUGAUCAUCUUCAUCAAUUUAGUCAAUCCGGACGGCCACAUCUCCCAGAUCAAGUCGAAGAUUCCAUUUGGAUUUUACAUCAAGCCGAACAGUAGGAUCUACGGUAAAAACGUCGAGAUCAACAAAGACACAGGGACCGUCGCCUUUGCUACCGGCAAGAGUCUUGUCUUCGAUGUCGAUAGCGACAACAACAACAUCAGUGCAGGCGAAGAUGGCGACAUUCCCGAGCUCAUUGUGAGUAUGUGCGACGAACUUAACCCAGACUCCUUUCUAUUCAAAGAUAACCCAAAUGCCGACGAGAUUGAUGCCGCCAUCGCUGACACACCCUCGCCAUCGCCGGCCCUCAUGAUCCCGCAGUUGUCCGAAAAUCCAAACAACUGCUCCACCAGAUGCGAGGUUCCUCCAAGUUACACCGAGAGCGCCAACGACGCCGUCUUUGAACCCAACAUGUGGUCAGAGGGAACCUCUCCGAUUCCAGGCACGCCGCGUCUCGAGACCCCGACGUUGGAGGACUUCUCCCCGAGCAGUGGCAGCAGCUCCAGGCUCUUCAAGAUCGCCGAAGACGUUCCUUGCUACCGCAAGGUCUACGAUGACGACGCAUCGAGCAUUGGCGAGCCAGCACCACUGUACAGCGAAUCCCACAGCCAUGCCUCGGCAACCCUCAGGCCACGAGCGUCCUCCUCUUCGUCCUCCGUCCUACGCAGCUCCAUGGAGAAACGUCACAUGAAAACCGUCUCGGCAAGCCUCCCGUCCUCGAGACCAGUGUCUCCGCUCGUGUCGGUUUCGUCCACCGCCUUCAGCCUGAGACGGCCUCCGAGCAACACUUUACUAAAUAGCAACACUACGUCUUCCAGAAACAACAACAGCAGCAGCGGGAACAACCCACCGCCGGGUUGGCUAGACGCGUGCGACGUUGCCGCUAGGGAUUCCUACAACGAAGACAACAGCCCUAGCAGCAACGACGGCAGCAAAGAUUCUGGUGAGAACCCAAUAGUCAGCAGACACCAGACGCCUCGGGGCCAGUUGGACCGUUCUGGCCUCACCUCAUGCUUCUCCAGCGGUAUGCUCUCCUCUUCCAGCAGCAGCGAACUCGACCUCAUCGGAGUCUGA